GCCGGGCGCGCGCGGCGCCCUCGAGGCGUGACGGUUUCUGUUUCGCUCCGCGGGGGUUACGCGGCCGCCGCCAUCAUGGACCCGCAGCCGGAUAGCCUGGAGGGCUGGGUGGCCGUGCGCGACAACGCCUUCGCCGAGCUCCGGACGCCGCGGCUCCGCUUCCUCGUGGGCUGGAACGGCGUGGAGGGCGCGUUCGCCGUGACCUGCCACGGCCGGGCGGAGGCGGCGGGGCAGGCCCCGCAGAGCUGGGCCGGCCUCUUCUCGGCGCCGGCCCUGCGCGGCGUCCACCGGCAGCUGGCGGCCGUCUGUCCGCGCCUGGAGCCCGCCUUCCCCGCUCUGCCGCCCGCGCUGCCCGGCGCCGCCGCCGCCGGCGGGCUCUGGGCAGUGUUGUUCCCCGGCGGCGCGGCGCCAGGGGAGGCCGAGGUGCAGGAGCUGUGCCGGCAGCUGGAGCUCUACCUGGGCUGGGCCCUGGAGCUCUGCGGCGGCCGGGUGGUGCUGGACGCCCUCUUCGCCGCCGACCGCCGCCGCGACGACGAGUACUUCGAGAGCCUCCACGAGCUCCGCGGGAGGGCCUUGCGCGGCCACCUGGCCCGGGCCAAGGAGGCCCUGCGGCGGGUUCUUCAGCAACAUAAAAAUGCUGACACAAUGGUGGCUUUGAUGAAGGUUUAUGAAGAAGAAGACGAAGCUUAUCAGGAUUUGGUCACCAUGGCAACACAAUUCUACCAGUAUUUACUGCAGCCCUUCAGGGAUAUGCGAGAGCUGGCGACACUGUACAAACUGGAAAUCCUGAAAUCUUUGCAGUAUGAUAAUUUGGGCCCUAAAAGAGUAGCAGCUUUGCAGAAAGAUGCUGAAGAAUGGACUAAGCGAGCUGAGAAUGCUGUGUGCUCCAUUCAGGAUAUCACUGUGAACUACUUCAAGGAAACUGUAAAGGCUCUGUCAGCAAUGCACAAACAGAUGGAACAAGAUCAGGAGAGAUUUGGUAAAACCACCUGGACAUCAGCUCUGCCACGACUAGAAAACCUUAAAUGUAUGUUAGCUAAAGAAACCCUUCAGCAUCUGAGAGCAAGAGAGUUGUGCCUGAAACAGAAGAGAGCUGGCAUUCAGAAAAAUAUGGAGAACCUCAGUGAACAAGAAGAGAACUUAACUGUAGUGGAGGAGCUGGAGAUACAGUAUUAUGAAACGCAGCUGGAAUUAUAUAAUGUACAGCUUGAAGUAUUGAAACAUGAAGAGAUGCUGCUUAUUGUACAGUUGGACACUUUAAGGAGACAGAUUAAAGAGAAACAGGAUGAAGUUGUUUACUAUGAUACAUGUGAAAAUCCUGAGGAGCUCAAGGUCAUUGAACAGACAAUGGGACAACAUUACGCUAACUUGUCAGAAAUGACGAUGCUGAGGCAGAAGACUAAGCAGUUGGAGACAAAGCGUGGGACUGUCUGUGCGAGGAGAGCCUACCUCAGGAACAAAAAAGACCAAUGUGAAGCACGCCAUCGGCAGAGACUGCAACAGGCAGAAGAGAGCAAAAAACACUUCCAGCAACAUCACAGCAUACAGAUAAAGAGAGACAAGCAAAAAGAGGAGGAGAAAAAGAAAAAAGCUUGGAUAAGCCAGGAACGUCAGAAAACACUGGAGAGGCUGAAAACGUUCAGGGAGAAGUGUCCAGCUCAUGUUGUUCUGAAAACGUCUCGUCCCCAGCCUCUCAGUCCCAGGUUGCCACAAAGCAUCACUCAGCAGGCUGCAGUACUGUCCCCUCCACCUUUGUCAAGAGUAAGGGCAGCUCCAGAGCAGCCAAAGAGCAUGCUGCUAGUAGAAGCCAAAGAAUCAAAAGCUUCACAUCAAAAUACCCCAGCAGAUAUCCCUGUCCAGAUUUUGGUUACUGAUGGUGACACAGAGCAGCAAAAGCACAGUGGGGGGUUGAUGGUCUCUCCAUCCUUGCCACCACCACCACCUCCUCCACCCCCUCCUCCUCUACCCCCUCCUCCCCCACCUCCCCCCUUACCUCUCCAGUUAAAGACAACAUCAACAACAGAUAAACCACGUCCCCUUAGCUCCAAUAGCCCCACAGAAAGCCCUGCACUGCACAAACAGGAUGACACAUCCAGGGGAUCUAUAAAUAAUUACAUAGGUUCCAUGGAUGAGGUUUUGGCUUCUCUAAAGCGUGGUGAAGUUCAUCUUCGCAAAGUGGAACAGCCAAAUCCAUAUGCCUCUGUAAAAGAGAACAUCCUCUCUGCCAUAAGGCAAGGAGUUAAACUAAGAAAAGUGAAUCGAGAUCCAGAGAAAGAUGUCAGUAAAGGAUCCACUAAUGAACUAGAGAGAAGCAUUAAAGCAGUCAUCCAGAGAAUUAAGAAAAUGUCUGCUGACUCUGAAGAAGAGGAGAACAAUGAUCAGAAUAAUGGAGAAUGGGACAGCUAACCAAUACAGAGUAACAGAAUUACUGACUGGAACAGUGUGUGUCUCAUUUUGCACAUUGUAGAAGACCGUCCCUUCCAAAAUGAAACAAAGGUGUGAUUGUGUGUAUUCUUCUCAUAGUCUAAAAUGUCUUGUAAAGUAAAAGGAUCCUGUUGAUUUUCUAUAGAAGCUGCAGAUUCUUAUUUUUGCAUGAAAAAUCAUACUCAAAAUUAUGCUUGCAUUAAUUAUUUCUGGCUCAACCACGUAGAGUUUUCACCACAUCUGAAGACAGCUAAAAUGCUGGAUUGAAACAUACAUUAUUGAGGUUAUUACAACACAGUAGGUAAUGCUAUCACAACAAAGUUUAAGGAGUGAAAAACUAACUGAAAAUCUGUUUUGUCAGCUAAAAGUAGAACCAAAUCCGUGGUGAUGGAGGCAGACCAGAAAACUUAGCAUAAUCUAGAACCUGUCAUUGCUACCUCCAUUGUCCAGAUUCUGUAACAUUUUCCUCAUCUAAUACAGCUUACACUCAGAUAACUACAUGGAUACUCCAUUUAUCAUUAUAUUAUAAAGUAUGCACUCAUGAAUGGACUUGAUAAUGCUGAUUGGCAAAAUUAGUAUCAAGUUUUAAAUGAACACUACAGUAGCAGUUACUGAUAACUUUUUAUCUGGAAACUUAAAUACAUAGAUUUUUGGAUGCUAAAUGUUUUUUGUACAUCUACAUUUAUAAUGAACUGUUGGCAUGAAAGAAAGAGCCAAAAUAUUGUAUAUAAAAUUUUCUGGGAUCUAGCCCUGUAAUACAGAGCUGCAUUUCUCCCCUGAGAACAUCAAUACAUGUUUAUAGCUAUUCAUGAAUUUAAAUUACCCGAUAGCCUUAUAAAUGGCAGAUACUUACAUUGUGCCUGGAACCUGACUAUUUAAAAAUUCAGCUACAUUCAAUUUAGAGACUGUUUCUAUUUUGGGUAGAUAGUGACAAAAAUGCUUCAAAGUUUCUUUUGGAGUUUAUACUGACCCUUAAUAAAAAUAUAUCCUGACA